UACAAAUUCGUUGCAUGUUUCUUCAUAUCUUUCGAGGCCCCUCGAUUUCCCUUUCAAAACUGACAACAAGUUUUAUAGAUUUAAAAAAAAAUACCAUGUUCAAACUAAGAAAUUUGGCCCAAACAGAUCCAUCCAAGGUCAAUGCAUUUUCGGUGGACUCGCCUAACAUAAAUCCAACGGUAAAUGUUGAAAACAAUCGCCGCCUGGUCAAUCAAUUGAUCGAUAACAUCUUCGAUGAACGCAAGGGCUUGUGUGAUGUAUCCUCAUCCCAGUGUUCCAGUUUAAGGCUACAGCCAUCCGAAUACAGCUACGAUAAACGUCUGCAAUAUUGGAAAAAUGUAUUGAAAGAUCGGGAGGUGGUAAAAGAGAAAAUCUAUAGAAAUACCUCAAAAAGUCCCUGCAAGGAUCCGGUACUCCAUAGCAAUCGGGCGACAACAAUCGAUGAAAGAGAUAAACAAACGGUAAAGAAAAUACUGGAUUAUGCUGAACGUUUGAGGCCGGAGAGAUUGUGUGUUAGGAAAGCCACUGCUCUGAAGGAGAAAUGUGAUCAGUCCACCAUUGAGGAAACCUUACCCAAGGCAGAAAGGGUGAAGGGGACCCAGCUGGAAAUUUGUGGACUGCCUGGCAUUACAAAACGUGAAAUAUUGGGCGGCGAGCAGGGUAAUGCUGAAGAGCAUUCCAGUAAAUGGCUCAUGUCGAAACAUCUCGAACAAAGAAUUGAGGAAAAUCGUGAGGACAUUGAACGUGUAAUUGAAUUUUAUCCUGACAUUGAAAAUCUACAAAUUGUGGGUGAAGGCCUGAUGAAGGCCUUGCCAUCAAAUGGCCUACAACAUAAUUCCCAAAUUGAGCUACUAAUGCCAGAAGAAAAAAUAUGUGAUAUCUCCUCAGAAUCCAAAGAACUAGGACUUGAGGAAAACCCCUGUCCAGACGAUAUAGUUCAAGUCGAAGUGGAACCCAUUGAAUAUGGUUUCAAAUUUAACGAUCAAAUAUUCCUUUUGGAUAAUGAAAAGUGCGUCAAGCCAUUGGGAAUUGAAAUCAAUUUCAAUAGCCAACCUUUUGUUCAAGAAGUCAAACGAGUUGUGAUUUUGCAGAAUCUGGGCCAGAAGAUUUUGAAUUUUAAAUGGCUAAAUCGUUCUUAUUACAAAAACAAUGCCGCCCUCUUAAAGCCUCUCGAUAAUGAAUUUGUUUUCGAUCAUCGCCCCUUCCGUUUGUGUCGGGGUGAAAGGAAGGAAUUUCAUGUUUUAUAUCAACCACGCCGGGUUGGCAUCACCAAAACCAAAUGGGUACUGAAAGUAGACCCCACUCCGUUUAAACACAAAACGGAGGAUAUUGUAAUGCAGCUGCAGGGUAACUGUGAACCCCAUGUCGAAUAUCGCCAAAGGCUUCAGGACAUACGUUCCGAAGUUAUUGCCAAAUCCAAUUGGAAAAUGAUGCGUAAAUUAACUCGGGGUCUGGGCGAUCUAACACCGGCCAUAAAACCCAUAGAGUGUCCCUGUCCUUAUCAACGCCCCCUCACAGAAUUGGAAAUAUUCCAAUAUUUAAAUCCGCACUAUAAAUGUGAGCGUUAUCAUGAUCUAGAGUCAAUUAAAGACAUUUAUAAACGGGUCAAAAAACCCCGUGACAAAUUGUGGAACCUGAGAGUGGAUAGCCUAAAGGAGGCGAUUUUAAGAUUUGAUGAUCCCGAGAAGCGUGUCUUAUAUUUCAAUGAAUUAUGUGAUCUCUUGGGGCGAAUAAUAAACAUAAGAGGAGGUGAAGGUGGAGAAACUUCUGAAAUAGUCGAAAAAACCGAAAGAUUCCAAACAUCUAUACUCUAUGUGAGGGGGCUGUUGGGCAAAUGUGUUGAUGAGUGGGAAAAAAGGCGAGAAAGUUUGGAAAAUGGAUUUUUGAAAUUUCUUGAAGCUUCAAAUGCCAAUGGUUCUGGGGGAGAUGCAAGCAAUAGUGAAAAGAUUAAUCAUGCGCUCUUUGAAAAACAGCUCAGGAAUUCGAAAUCGUUCAAAGAUUCGCUGUACAUGCAGACUUAUUCGGUGUUGUGCAAUUUCGUGGAAGAUAUUGUAAAUGUCAUUGAAAGCGCGGAACUCUAUUGAAAUUUAGAUGAGAUUGUGAAUAAAAAAUUGAUUAAUGAGAAA